GCGCGUGCCCACUUGCAGAGACUCGCUUGCACUCAUCAACCGCGCACCGUUAUCUGGGACAAGCUGUUAGCCACGGUCCAUCUUCACCCGCCGACAACCGUGUCUUUCCCAGCCUUGCACGGGGGGGGAGGGGGCUUGGUUUUCCUCUCAGCGGGCCAAACGCACAAGAUACUUCCUCUGUUUUUCUCAAAGCGGAGAAACAGCGUUUAUCGAAGAAAUUUCUCUGCGGUUUCGAGAAGGCGCAAGAUGAAAUUAGACAGGGGUUGGAUGUGGCGCGCGCUGCUCCUGAUCUCCCUGGCUGUGGCCACGGUGGUGGCCCAGGAGAAGCUGUCGGAGGCUGAUGUUGCAGACAUCGAAGAAGAUAAGGGCUUGGACGAGGAGUUAAAGGUUCUGAUGGCAGAAGAAGAGGAGGCAACAGUGAUGGAUGAAGAGCAGUCUGAUGAGACAGACAGCAAAGACACAGCAAGCGGGAAGGCUGGCAAGGCUGAAACGGAUGCAGAUGUCUCCUUCCAGGUAACAUACAUGACUCCCGUUCCCACUGGAGAUGUAUACUUUGCAGAGACGUUUGAUGAUGGAUCGUUGGGCAGAUGGCAGCUGUCAAAAACGGUGAAGGGGGACGCAGAUGAUGACAUCGCCAAAUAUGACGGGAAGUGGGCCGUGGAGCAGCUGAAGGAGAACAAGGUUCCAGGAGACCAGGGCCUGGUGCUCAAGUCCCGGGCCAAACACCAUGCCAUUGCUGCAAUGCUGGACAAACCCUUUGUCUUCCAGGACGAGCCUCUGGUCAUACAGUAUGAGGUGAAUUUCCAGGAUGGUAUUGACUGUGGUGGAGCAUACAUCAAACUGCUCUCAGACACUGGCAAUCUCAAUCUGGAGCAGUUCCACGACCGUACACCCUACACCAUCAUGUUUGGACCCGACAAAUGCGGCGAGGACUACAAGCUGCACUUCAUCUUCCGUCACCAGAACCCCCUGAACAAAGACAUGGAGGAGAAGCAUGCCAAGAGGGCCGACGUCGACCUCAAGAAGUUCUACACUGACAAGAAGACUCACCUCUACACAUUGAUCCUGAACCCAGACAACAGCUACGAGAUGUUCAUCGAUCAGUCCAGUGUGAGCCGUGGGAACCUUCUGCAUGAUGUGGUGCCUCCAGUCAAUCCCCCCAAAGAGAUGGAUGACCCGAAUGACUCCAAGCCUGAGGACUGGGACGAGAGGGCCAAGAUUCCUGACCCCGAGGCUGUCAAGCCUGAGGACUGGGAUGAGGAUGCACCCGCAAAGAUUGAGGACCCUGACGCUGUGAAGCCUGAGGGCUGGCUGGAUGAUGAAACGGAGUUUGUCCCUGACCCCAAUGCUGAGAAACCAGAAGACUGGGAUGAGGAGAUGGAUGGAGAGUGGGAGGCGCCACAGAUUCCUAACCCAGCCUGUGAGACGGCCCCUGGCUGUGGGGAGUGGAAGCGCCCCAUGAUCAACAACCCUCAGUACAAGGGCAAGUGGAAGGCAACUCUGGUGGACAACCCCGGCUAUCAGGGAGUCUGGAAGCCACGUAAGAUCGAUAACCCGGACUAUUUUGAGGACCUGCAGCCGUUCAGGAUGUCACCUUUCAAGGCUCUGGGCUUGGAGUUGUGGUCCAUGACCUCGGAUAUCUACUUUGACAACUUCAUUAUCACCUCUCACAAGGAGGUGGCUGACCGCUGGGCCUCUGACAGCUGGGGGCUGAAGAAACUGGUGGCCAGCGCUAACGAGCCGGGGAUUUUUGCUCAGCUGAUGAUGGCAGCAGAGGAACGACCAUGGCUCUGGGUGAUCUACAUACUGACAGUAGGCCUACCCAUAGGACUGGCUGUGCUCUUCUGCUGGCCAAAGAAAUCAGAAGAUGACUACGUGUACAAGAAGGUGGAUGUGCCCCAGGCUGAUGUAGAAGAGGAGGAGGAGGAGGAGGAGGAGGAAGAGGAGGAAGAAGUGGAGGCAGCGGCAGAUGAGGAAGACAAAGCAGCUGAGGCUACAGAGGGAGCAGCAGCUGCAGCAACAGAAGAUGCCAAGGAGGAGGACGAGGAGGAUGGUGCCGAUGCAGGAGGCGACAAUCUAGAGGGGGAUGAUGAAGAAGAGGAAGAGGAGGAGGAAGGAGAAGAGGAAAGCAAAGCUCCAGAGAGAACAUUAGAAGACGAGCCGAAGGAGGGAGGAGAUGUCGGUGCAGAGAGCCACAAACAAGCUGUGAGAAAGAGGAGGGUACGGAAAGACUGAAGAGGUGAACCCAACGCCUACUGUCUCCAUGCUGGGGAGGAGGUGGAAGGGCCAUAUCUGCUGCUGCUCCCCACCUAUUUGAGCAGGGCAGCAUGUAAUUCCUCCAAACCACCUGGUAGCCUGCAAUCACCCUGGCUGCCCCAUCUACGUCUUCUCCAUCCCUCGGCUACACCCAUCACAGGUCUGCAGUCUCCCAGACCACAUCCUGUAUCACCCCUUAUCCCGUCUCUCCUCUUCCUGUCUGCUCAAUCAACUAUCAGAUGAAUUCUGUGGAGAUGUUGUGCAUUUAGCUGUUUUCCCUCCUCCCUCCUGAGCUUCCACACUUUCCUCAUCCUUCUCCACCUGUAUAAGCCAUUGCUGUCAAAAUGCCCGUCAGGCUAAAAACCCCCACCUCUCUCACCUCUGUUCCCGUUCAGCCCGUCUCUGCUGUCAGUCGUCUCUCUGACUAUACGCCAUCAUAGAUGUACCAGUCUAUCUCCUCUGAGAGUGAAGGCCAGCACGGAGCGUCUUCACUGCUGUCGACUCCGGUUGUUUGUACCAUUUUACAGCAUAUCAUAGGGGCUACAUCUCAGAAGUUAGACUUUAUUCUUGUGUCCUUUGUUUUAAGGAACUUGUGCGAGGACACAGUUUGACAAAGGUUCCUUCGUUGUUUGAACUUGUUCGGGAUUUGAGAACAGUUCGGGAGGAGAUGAUGCCAGGCUGUGAGGAAAGGCUGUUUGAGAUGUUACUGCAGUGUCAGAGCAUUUCAGUGAAAAGUCACCUCAGCUUAGGUUUAAAAGAUUACCUCGUUUAAAAAUGGAUGUUCUGUUUAGAUUUUAGCUAGUUUGUCAGGAGCUUCAGUUACUUUUAAGUGUGUUUUUUACUAAGUUAUAGCAAUUUAAGAACUGAGGAUUAGCACUGAUAACUCUAUUUAUUGGUUUUGUUUAAAAUUUGUUUUAAGCCAGUAUGAAUAAAGAUUUAUUAAUGCAGUGUUUUGAGUGACUUGAGGUUUUCUUAAAUAUGAUAUACCACUGAUGAGCUUAUUCUGAGCUUAGGCUUGUUUGAAAUGUUUUUUAAGAAAACUGACAUUGUCAGAGCUUGCAGCAAAAAUAGAUAAUUUUGAAUUCCUUGGCCAUAUGUUGUCAAAAAUACAUGUGGGUUUCUGCAGCAAACAGCUGGAUAUAAAACACAUCUCAUUCAGUCAGCACACUGCAGUGCUUUCCCAUGAUAUCUAGAUUAGCUGGAGUUCAGAUCUAGAUCGUUGCCUGGGGAGGACGUUGAUGCUAAUUUAUUUGUUUUAUAUUAUUGUGUUGAGCUUUUGUAGUUCAUUCUUGCCAGAUGCUGGCAGAUAUCCCUGUUUACAUUUGUUUGCAAAUUGUACAUUGCUCUUGAAAAUAAAA